AUGACCUUUGGACUGGAAUGUGCAGCUCUGCAGGUCAGCGUGCUGGCGUAUGAGGAGGAGGUCGCCAGCAUGAGGUCAUCAGGAUUUGUGCGGCUGCUUCUUCUGGGAUAUCUCCUUCAAUUCAGCCUGGCUGACCAUCACCUCUUCUCGAGCCGCCACCUCUUGCAGCCGAGCAGCACCGAUGGCGAAGCCUUCCCUUGCAGCUGGGAUGAGGAGAACGAAGAGUGUGCGUUGAGCGAGGCUAUCUUCAUGACUGUGCAGGCCGCACUCGAUGGCCUCUUCGACCAUGCUGAGGAAUGUGGCAAACAGACCUCCAAGGCCUCUUGCCCCGCUGAUAUGUGCUCAUGGACUGGCACUGAGUGCUCAGCAGCGGACUUCUACUUCAACGAGGAAGGCAUCGAGGAGUGCUUUGGGGAGGAUUUGCUUGAAUUCAUACUGAUACCAGAGCGCAGCCAGGCGUGCGAGCAAAACUACACAGACGAAGACAGCUGCAAUGAUACGAAAGACUGCACUUGGAUUGAUGGUGACGAUGAAAGGUGUGGGCUCAGUAUUCUGAAGUCGUUUGGUCUCAACGGAUUGCUGGCAGCUGGUGCCAAGAUUGUCGCCAGCACCCUGGGCUUCACAAAUGCCUCAUUGCGCAUGCUGGUCGCCGAGUGGGUGAACUGCAAGCUCGAGAGCGACGAAGACGGGUGCCUCGCGGAGGGCAGGUGCGAAUGGGACUCAAAGGAGGUGGACUGUGAGCUGGGUUUUGGCGCCGUGGCCCAGAUCGUGAACGCCACGUUCCCCUUGGAGCUGAGCACGACUUGCCUUGCGCUGAAGUCUAUCUACAGGACUGGGUGCCCCGGCUACAGAUCGCAGGGGGAGUGCAGUGGAGACAGUGCGUGCAAGUGGCUGGAUGAUGCAGGCCGGUGCAUCUCGACUAAUGCUGCAAUCGAGGGGGAAGCCAACAUGCAAGCCGACGACCUGAGCGCCAAGGCGGGAUCCACCUGCAUGCGUGCUGACGAGAAGGGGGACUGCAGCGCGAUCACCCUGGCUGACAACAAUUCUUAG